AUGGUAAGCAAUAACAGCUCCCAAUGCUCCUAUGAUGACUCCUUUAAAUACACUUUGUAUGGGUGCAUGUUUAGUAUGGUGUUUGUGCUUGGGUUAAUAUCCAACUGUGUUGCCAUAUACAUUUUCACCUGCACUCUCAAGGUGCGAAAUGAAACUACAACGUACAUGAUUAACUUGGCAAUAUCAGACUUGCUUUUCGUUUUCACUCUACCCUUCAGGAUUUUUUACUUUACAGCACGGAACUGGACAUUCGGAGAUUUACUUUGUAAAAUUUCAGUGAUGCUGUUUUAUACCAAUAUGUACGGAAGCAUUCUGUUCUUAACCUGUAUUAGCGUAGAUCGAUUUCUGGCGAUUGUCUACCCAUUUAAGUCCAAGACUCUAAGAACCAAACGAAAUGCAAAAAUCGUUUGCACUGCUGUGUGGUUCACUGUGGUCGGAGGAAGUGCACCAGCAGGCUUUUUUCAGUCUACCCACUCUCGGGGUAACAAUACCCCAGAAGCCUGCUUUGAAAAUUUUCCCGAAACCACAUGGAAAACCUAUCUCUCAAGGAUUGUAAUUUUCAUUGAAAUAGUGGGAUUUUUUAUUCCUCUAAUUUUAAAUGUAACUUGUUCUAGUCUGGUGCUAAGAACUUUAAAUAAACCUGUCACAUUAAGUAGAAGCAAAAUAAACAAAACUAAAGUUUUAAAAAUGAUUUUUGUACAUUUGGUGAUAUUCUGUUUCUGUUUUGUCCCUUAUAAUAUCAACCUUAUUUUAUAUUCUCUUAUGAGAACACAGACAUUUGUCAAUUGCUCGGCAGUGGCAGCAGUAAGGACCAUGUACCCAAUCACUCUCUGCAUUGCUGUUACAAACUGCUGCUUUGACCCAAUAGUUUACUACUUCACGUCGGACACAAUUCAGAAUUCAAUAAAAAUGAAAAACUGGUCUGCUAGGAGAAAUGACUCCAGAUUCUCUGAUGUUCAAGGCACAGAGAACUUUAUCCAACAUAACCUACAGACCUUAAAAACUAAGAUAUUUGACAAUGAAUCUGCAAUAUAA